AACAAAAACCGAUAUUUAUCAUCUCUGUCACGCCUUGUACGACGAAUUCGAUUCUCUCUUAUCUCGACGAAAAAACCCUACUGCAAAACUCUGUAUUCUCCGAUCUCCGGCGAGAAGAUACAUCUGUGUUUCUGAGCUUCGUUCACCAUCUCCUCGCUGGGUUACGACGAUUUGGUCAAAUCAUAGUUCUCAUCAACUAUCAUCUUGGCUGAAAGUUGGAGUUUUCUCAGUCUCAAUGUGGUCGUGCUCCACUACGGCUUUUCACAAUCAUUAGGCUUUUUAUUCUUUCAAAGUAAUGCUCAUAUUCUCUUCCCUGUCUAUGGCUUUAUCUGCAAUCCUUCAAAAGCUUAGUGUCUUCGGCCCUGGUUUGAAUCCCUCUUUCCCUUACUGCAUCGCCAAUCACUCCGCUGCCUCCCGUUAAUUGAGUUGCUCUGUUUCAACUGAAUUACAUUAGUCUGCUUUCUUCGCUGUCUAGUCUGGGAUAGUGUUGCAAAUCAUCCUUAGCCAGAAGUAGUACCUUCUUUAGACAUUCUUGGGUGAGAGGUUUACACCAAAAUUAUGUAAAUCUGCCCUCUCAUAGAAUAAGUUUAUUCUGCUGGCUGAGUUCUUGAAGAAGUCCUGUUUGAUUAGUAUCUUCCCGAGUCUCUUAGUCCUACACAGAUCCAGAUCCAAACUUUCAAAGCUAGUUCUUUUUUAUCUGAAGCUCAGACCCAAAAUGCUCCAAGAACAGCCGGUUGCAUUCUCGCUCCGGCGUAACUCAUUUAGGCGCCGGUCUCCCAGAUCAAAUGUCGAUGACAGAGGCUGGACUCCGCUCCAUAUCAAAGCAAGAAAAGGCGACCUGAAAUCUGUCAGACAACUUCUCGACCAAGGAGUGGAUGUGAACGCUCUAGCAUGGGGACCCAAAUCAAAAGGAGUGAGUCCGCUCCACCUUGCAGCAGAGGGAGGUCACAUUGAAGUCAUGGAUUUGCUCCUUGAACGUGGGGCUAACAUCGAUGCCAGAACAUGGGGCUCUUGCGGUUGGACCCCUCUCCACGCUGCGGCUAAAGAGCGUAAGAGAGAAGCAGUCAAGUUUCUGGUGGAGAAUGGUGCCUUCUUACCUGAUGAUAUAAGUGAUACCAGGUUUAAUCCGCCGGUGCAUUACUGUCACGGACUUGAAUGGGCGUACGAGGAAAGAAAGAAACUUAACAGCGAGUCUUCUUCAUCUGGUGGAGACACAUCUUCCAGUUCUGAGAACUGAACUACUUGUUAUUUCUCGGUGUGUUUUGUUUUUUCUCUAGUUGAGACUUGAGACACUUGUCUGAAAUAUUAUGGUAUUGUGUUUGAUCUGAUAUAUGAAACAUUGAAACUGCUGGAUUUUUCUUACAUUAAUGUAAUCUUGUGUGUUAUCUUCAACUUCA